CUUUCCAACAUGGCAGCGUCAAGCAGCGCAGAGCAAACGCAGUUGCACGAUAUGGAGGAGGAAGAAGAAGGGAUGGAAGAGAGAGCGAUGGAAUCAGACGAGGAGGACCGCAUGGGAGGAGAAAAUUCAGACGAGGAAGAGGACGAUUCUUCGGAGGACGAAAAAGAAAAUGAAGCCGAGAUCCAACGCUUGGAGGAGCAGUUGUCUAUCAACGCUUUCGACUACAACUGCCACGUGGAUCUCAUCAAGCUACUGAAGCAGGAGGGAGAACUUCUCCGUCUGCGAAAGGCAAGGCAGAAGAUGAGUGAGCUCUUCCCACUCACUGAAGAGAUUUGGCUGGAUUGGCUCAAGGAUGAGAUCCGUCUGACUGAGGAGGAGCCAAACCGGGAGAAAGUUUAUGAACUUUUUGAACAAGCGGUGAAAGAUUAUAUCUGUCCAGAUAUCUGGCUCGAAUUUGCUCAGUAUUCAAUUGGUGGCAUGGGCUUGCCAGGUGGGAUGGAGAAGGUGAGAUCCAUCUUUGAGAGAGCUGUGACGGCGGUGGGGCUUCACAUGACCAAGGGACAGACGGUUUGGGAGGCAUACCGAGAAUUUGAGAACGCCAUCCUGUCCACAGUACAGCCUCCCCCUGGCAGGGUUCCCAGCUGCAAGGAGCAGGAGCUGCUGAAUGUUCAGCUUGAGCGCAUCCACACACUGUUUCGCCGCCAGCUGGCUGUCCCUUUAAUGGAAAUGGAGGCCACCUACGCCGAGUACGAUGAGUGGUCUGAACAUGGGGUGGCUGAGACGGUCAUGAUUCAGUACAAAAAGGCUUUGCAGCAAUUGGCCAAGUGCAAACCUCUGGAAGAAGCACUGAUAUUAGCAGAACCUCCUAAGCUGGCAGAGUAUCAGGCUUUCAUCGACUUUGAACUAAAGGAGGGCGACCCGGCGCGGAUCCAGAUCAUCUUUGAGCGGGCCCUGUCUGAGAACUGCCUGGUACCGGACAUGUGGGUCAAAUACACAACCUAUCUUGAUCGGCAGCUGAAGUUUAAAGACCUGGUUCUCUCAUCACAUGAGCGUGCGGUCAGGAACUGCCCGUGGACCAUGGGUCUGUGGAAGAGCUACCUGCUUGCUCUGGAGCGCUAUGAAGCGGACCAUGCCACCGUCUCAGAUGUUUUUGAAAAGGCGCUGAUUGCAGGUUUUAUUCAAGCGACGGAUUAUGUGGAAAUUUGGCAGGCAUUCCUCGACUACCUCAGGAGACGUGUGGAUUUCAGCAAAGAAUCCAGUAAAGAGCUGGAAGAGCUGCGGGGGUCUUUCUCUCGGUCUCUGGACUACAUGAAACAAGAUGUUGAAGAAAGAUUUGGUGAAAGUGGAGAUCCUUCUUGUAUCAUAAUGCAGAUCUGGGCAAGGAUAGAGGCCCUGCACUGCAAAAACAUCCAGAAAGCCCGAGAGCUGUGGGACAGCAUCAUGACUAAAGGGAACGCUAAAUAUGCCAACAUGUGGCUGGAGUACUAUAACCUUGAAAGGUCUUAUGGAGACACCGCUCACUGUCGGAAAGCUCUCCACAGAGCAGUUCAGUGCACCUCAGAUUACCCUGAGCACGUAUGUGAAGUCCUGCUCACGUUCGAGAGGGUGGAAGGUUCCCUGGAGGACUGGGACGUGGCCGUGCAGAAGACAGAGACCCGGCUGAACAGAGUGAAUGAGCAGCGAGCAAAGGCUGCUGUGAAAGAGGCUAACCACGCCCGCCAAGAGGAGGACCGAGCGGAUCAGCGGCAGAAGACCAAGGCAGACAAGAAAGCUCAGAAGAAGGGUCAGAAGGGAACAGGAGCUGUGUUGAAGAGGAAAGCAACGCAGGAUGAUUACCAUAACGAUUGGAACGAGGACUCUGCUCCCAAAAGACAUAGAGGAAGCAGGGACCGCGCCACAGAGGAGAACAUGGAGACCGAGACAGGGAGGAACCCCCCGCCCGGCUAUAAGCCCGCACCGCCCGGCAACAAAAGAGCCCAGCAGGGGUCUGCGGCCCAGAGUCAGAACGAUGACAAGCCAGAGCUCCGCAAUGAUAACUGCAGUGUUUUCAUCAGCAACCUGGCAUACACCCUGGAGGAGCCGGAAGCCAAGCUCAGGACGCAGUUUGAGAGCUGCGGUCCCAUCGCACAGGUUCGCCCCGUCUUCGGGACCAAAGGGACCUUCAAAGGCUACGGCUACGUACAGUUUGAAUCCACGGUGUCUGUCCCCGAAGCCCUGAAGCUGGACCGACGGGAAGUGGAGGGCAGGCCCAUGUUUGUGUCUCCCUGUGUGGACAAAAGCAAAAAUCCAGACUUUAAGAUCUUCAAAUACAACACGACCAUGGAGAGGCAAAAGAUCUUCAUCUCCGGGCUGCCGUUCUCGUGCACUAAAGAGCAACUAGAGGAAAUCUGCAAAAGUCACGGCACUGUUAAAGAUAUUCGCCUGGUCACGUAUCGCUCUGGAAAACCCAAGGGCCUGGCGUAUGUUGAGUUCGCAGAUGACACCCAGGCGUCUCAGGCAGUUCUGAAAAUGGACGGCCUGGAUAUCGGAGAGAACAAAAUAUGUGUGGCUAUAAGUAACCCCCCGCGGAGAAAUGUGAUGGAUAGACCUGGCAUGGACAGAAUGGACUUGAUGCCUCGGCAGGUCUUUGGAGCGAGAGGAAGAGGGCGCACGCAGCUGUCCUUACUCCCUCGUUCCCUGCACCGCCAGAGUGAGCCUCUAAGCAAAGUUAAGAACGGCACCGUAGAGGCUGCGGGAACAAGCAGCGCCGGAGAGACCAAACCUUUGUCAAACUCAGACUUUGCCAAGAUGCUUCUCAGCAAGUGAGAGGAGGAGCGGAUAAUAAGACUGCCUUCACACCGAAAGCCAUCUUGUGUCCUUACAAAUCUGUCUUGGAGAUUUUUCUGUAUUUGGUUAGCUGGCUUCCCUUUAAUCCCUGUCCUGUCUGGUGGCCAACCUCCUGCCCUCCAUUGGAAAGACUUCUCACCAUGUGACAGAUUGUUUUCAUUUUGCUCGUUUGAAGGUAGAUGGCUGGGUAUUUUAUAAAAAGAAAGUGUAUAAUAUUUGUGUGUAAAUAUAUUGUAUCUAAAACUGUACGCCUCAUGUUGCAAAGUGUCUUCUUUUGUUGUGAAUUCUGAAACCGAUCUAAGAGAAGCAAAUAGCAGAGUAUUUUUUUUAAGUAGUCAUAACGGCUAAACUAGUGAAUGUUGUUUUUAAAAAAGUGGUAUGCAAAAGUUCAGCUGUGGUGUGUGUGUGUGUGUGCGUGUGUAUACAGAUGGGUGUGCUAUAAUAAUGAGAAGAUAUUCUCCAGAUGUUUUUAAGAAACUUAUUUCUCUCUGAAGACAAAUUUAAAAAGGCUAGCAAUUACUUUUUUAUGACUACAGCGUGUUCAAUAUUUUCAUAGUACCAUCUGUGAGCUACCAUCUGCUAUUAACCAUCAGUAUUAUGAUGCUAUAGAGUCUACAGAGGGCCAUUCAAAUACUAGUUAUUUGGCUUUAUCUCAGCCUGAAGGCUUGUAAUUAGAAUAAACUGCCCUGGUAUCAUGUCGCACUACUGACUGUACUUCUCUAAGUAGACUUUCUAAAGAUUUCUCUGCUUUUAUACAUCACUGUUAAUGUGACCUGUCUGUUCAGUGUAAACACAUCCAUCAUUAAAUCACCUACAAUGUUUUAGAAACUACCCAUAAUACUUUCACCUUGUGACACUCGCAUGUGACUGACAGUGAAGAAACAUUUCUAAGUGGCUCUAUUGGAGGCUGCAUUUGCAAAGAUACGUAGAUCUACAUCAAGUGUAUUUUAAUAAUUCAUCGUUGAAGUCAAAUUUAGAUGUUUUUUUUCAGUGUCUCAGAUGUUAAGAUUGUUGCUUUUCUUCUUAAAAUUAGUUAAAUAAGAUGUAUAUGGGUUUUAGAUUAUAGAUAGGACAACAUACAAUUAAUGACAUCAUACGCUCUAGAAAACGUAUGGGCAUUUUUCACAGGUUUUCUCAAGCUGACAGAAUAAUUAAGCAAGUAAUCGUAUAAGAAGCAUUAAUUAGUUUUGGGUGUUAGGAGAUAAGCAUAAAUGCUAAAGUAUGUGUGUAACUCAGUUUUGUAAAAGUGAUCCUAUAACUUAAGCACAGUUUAAUUGUUGUGAUUGUGACCCCGUUUAAAGUUGAUCCUCUGAAUGAACUUGGUUUGAGACGAGCCCCACUCGGCUGACAUCUCUGAGGUAUUCUGGGUAAAGAGGCUGAUGCUGUCUCCUACACUACGUAGGUCUGCAGAUCCUUCAAAACGAAACGAGAAUCUAUGCAGUUUGUCCUUUUCUGUGUUCUGAGGUUAUGAGCCAUUAGUCUUGUUUUCAUGUUCAGUAGUUUAAAAUAAAAGGUCAACAGUUUGUUUAUAAGGUAUAAAUAUAGGUUUUCAAAACAGAUGGAAUACAAGCUAUAUGGAUUGCUCUCACCACAGUGGCCUAAUCUAAAAUUAGAACUACGUCUCGUCACCUCUAUUUUCUGUCUGACGCUAAAAGGUGGUGUGUGUUCAUCUGUGUUUUGUAUCCUUUCUAUAGUAAAUGUUUUAAAUUAGUCUAUACAGGUCAAUACUAGAUGGCGUUUCUGUCUUCAAUCACGGUUUUUAUGCACCAUUUCUUACCCCUUGUGUUUUUGGGUCCUGUAAAAAAAAAUGAUUCAUGUUUUUUUUCUGGUCUAAAACUUGUUUUAAUAAAGUCAUGUAAAUCAUCUUUGA